ACUUAUUUAGUUAACCGUUCACGUAUUAAGAAUUAACGUAUUUAGAUUGAUUUUUAAUUUCACAACAAAAUUUGAAAACCUUUAUCCAAAUUUGAUCAGGCCAAAAAUAUUACCGUAUCUAGCAUAUUUAAACUUCUUGAAUAUAUGGACAUCACUUAACUUUCUACCUUAAUAUUGAAAAUUAGGAGAUAUGGCUUCGAAGUCAUUUUCAGAAGUUUCAUUUCCGGCUUCUACCUCAUUGCCAUCUUUUACUUCAACUAUGAGGACAAAAUAUGUUAUCGGUGUCUGUGCCAUGGAUAACAAAGCAAGAUCAAAGCCCAUGAGAAACAUUUUGAAUAAAUUACUUACUUUUGAAGAGUUCGAAACGGUUAUAUUUGGUGACAAAGUUAUACUUGACGAAGACGUCGAGAAUUGGCCAGUCUGCGAUUUUUUUAUAUCAUUUUUUUCAACAGGUUUUCCCUUAGACAAAACCAUUGAAUAUGUAAAUUUACGUAAACCAUUUUGUGUCAAUGAUCUUCCUAUGCAACGAAUUCUUUGGGACAGACGCCUUGUAUUGAAAUUGUUGGAUGCUUUAGGAACACCUACACCAAAACGCCUUACUGCUAGUCGAGAUGGAGGGCCAAAAUGUGAUUCUUAUGUGAGAGAGAAAUUAAGAAAAUAUUUAGGUAAUGAUGUUGACAAUCUUUCAUGUCCUCCAGCCGUUGUCGAAAUGAUUGAUCAAGAUACAAUUAGUGUCAAUGGUGAAACUCUACGAAAACCUUUUGUUGAAAAACCAAUUAGCGGCGAAGACCAUAAUAUUCAUAUUUAUUAUCCAUCAGAAAUGGGAGGUGGUGGCCGUCGCUUAUUCCGUAAGGUUGCCAACAAGUCAAGUGAAUUUGAUCCAAAUUUGUCAUUGUUUCGAACUGGAGGUUCAUUCAUCUAUGAAAAAUUUAUGGACGUUGACAAUGCAGAAGAUGUUAAAAUAUACACAAUCGGUCCUAAUUAUGCUCACGCUGAAACACGAAAAUCACCUGUGGUAGAUGGACUUGUAAGAAGGAAUAAUGAUGGUAAAGAAGUUCGUUAUAUUACGACACUUACACCAGAAGAAAAGAAAAUGGCGAGUGAUAUCUGCACUGCUUUCGGACAAGUUGUGUGUGGAUUCGAUUUACUUCGAGUUCAUGGAGAAUCAUAUGUCAUUGAUGUUAAUGGUUGGUCGUUCGUAAAAGGAAAUGAUGAAUAUUAUAUUAACUGUGCGCGUAUUUUGAGAACAAUGUUUAUGACUGCAGUUCGAAAGCGCAAGGUCAGCAUUGAUUCCAUACCAAAUGAACUUAGAUUUGAGAAUUCGUGGCGACUUAAAUCAUUUAUAUCAGUUCUUCGACAUGCUGAUCGCACUCCAAAGCAAAAGAUAAAAUUUACUUUUCGCAGCCAACCAUUUAUAGUAUUAUUAGGUGAUAAAGAGGACGAAGUUAUCUUACGUAAAGAUUAUGAACUACAAGAAGUUGCUGAAGCUACACGCAAAGCUAUCCAAUUACAAUGUGAAGAUAUGGUAAAAUUGGAACAGCUUAGCUUAAUUUUACGAAUGAAAAGGGACUUACCCGGAACCAAAGUGCAGAUCAAACCAACUUAUAGUAAAGAGGAUCAGUCUUUCGUCAAACUUCAACUUAUUGUCAAGUGGGGUGGUGAGUUCACACAUUCUGCUCUCUAUCAAUCGCGAGAUCUUGGAGAGAACUUACGUAAAGAUCUUCUGAUAAUGAACAGGAGCGUGUUUGAUGAUGUUAAAAUGUAUACUAGUUCAGAAAGGAGGGUCAGUGCUACCGCUGAUAUAUUCUCCAGAGCAUUUUUAGACAUCGAAUAUAUUCCAGAAGGGAUUAUUGAAAUGCGAAAGGAAAUGUUGGAUGAUAGUAAUGCGGCAAAAGAACAAAUGGAUGCUGCAAAAAGCCAAUUAUGUACUCUUUUAAAACCUGGUGAAUCUACAAAGAUCAAUGCUAUAUGGCCCGACGAUGUUCCGGAACCACGUAUAGUAGUUCAAGAAGCGAUAGAACUGAUGAAAGAACUACGUGAGAUUAUGAGAGAAAACUUCAAUACAAUGGAUGUUGAAUCAAUACAACUUCGAUGGUGUUGUUCAGAAAAUCCAAAUUUGUUCAAGGAGAGAUGGGAAAAGUUGUUUGAAGAUUUUUGUGACGUAGAACGAAAAAAAUUUGAUCCUAGCAAAGUAUCGGAAUUAUAUGAUAGUAUCAAAUAUGAUGCUUUGCACAAUCGACAAUUUUUAGAAACUAUUUUCGUGAAACAAUCAGAGGGUAAUAGUGCCUCCAAAGUUAAGAAAUUAUAUCAUAUGGCCAAAAUAUUGUUUGAUUUCGUAGCACCACAAGAGUAUGGUAUAACUAAUGAGGAUAAACUUCAAAUUGGACUUUUGACUUCGAAAAGUUUGAUACAAGACAUUAUUAAGAAUUUGGAGGAAUCAAAAACAAGUCCAACUCCAUGUACAAGAUUGUAUUUUACUAAAGAAUCUCAUGUUCAUACCCUUUUAAAUGUUGUAUUCUUGUCCGGUCUUCCUACACGAAUUUCCAAGAAUAAAAUACCGGAACUCGAUUAUCUCACCCAAAUAACUUUUGAACUAUACGAGCGUCAUCGCGGGUUGUCCGGCGACAAGGAAUAUUCUUUACGAGUAGCAUUCAGCCCCGGUGCGCAUGAUCCCAACAUUUUGGAUUUACGUCUAGAUGCUAGACAUUGUUUGAAUGUAGCUCCUAGAAUAAACCUUACGGAUCAUUUGCCUCUCGAUGUAGCACUUUCCUAUUAUAAAAGUAGGGUAUAUAAUACUGACAUUAAACCAAAAAAUGUAGAACUUCCACCUGUUGUUCCAGUAGAUAAAGAUAAUAUUACUUCAUUACAAUUAAGUAAAUCUUUCUAAGCCUAUGUAUUUAAUGUCUAAUUAUUUUUGUUUGUUCGAAAUUUUGUAUUUGUAAAUCGUUCAUAUUGAAAUUGUAUGUAACAAAUAAUUUAUAAAGUAAUAGUAAUUAAUUUAUUCUUGAAAUCUACC